UCCGAGAGGAAGCGGCUCGCGGGAUUCACCUUCCCCCCUGCCGGGCGGCGCGAUGGAAGGCCUGACGCUGAGCGAGGCGGAGCAGCGCUACUACUGCGACCUCUUCUCCUACUGCGACAUCGAGAGCACCAAGAAGGUGGCACCCAACGGGCGGGUGCUGGAGCUGUUCCGCGCCGCGCAGCUGCCCAGCGAGGUGGUUCUGCAGAUUAUGGAACUUUGUGGUGCAACAAGACUUGGAUAUUUUGGAAGAAGUCAGUUCUAUAUUGCUUUGAAACUUGUUGCAGUGGCCCAGUCAGGUCUCCCUCUAAGAGUGGAAAGUUUAAAUACAGUAAAGGACCUCCCUCUACCCAGAUUUGUUGGUCCAAAGAAUGAACAGGAAUUGAGACACACAGCCUUGUAUUCUUCAGAUGCUGAUAACUCAACCCCAUAUUCAGGUGUAAUUCCUCCCCCACCUGGCCGGGUUCAAGUGAAAAAAGGCUCUGUGAGCCAUGAUGCAGUCCAGCAACGUACAUCAACAGAUCAACAGGUAACUAAAACUUAA